CGCUCGCUCACAGAUUUAGUGACAUAGGCACAGAUAUAAGCGUAGAAGUGUUGCGUGUUGUGAAAUCAUAGUCUGCAAAUUGUUAUUUUAUGUUUUACUGAAACGUCAUAUAAUCACUUAAUAAAUUUUUUCUUUUGAUUCAAUCAUGCUCACCCAUUAACAAUGUAAAAGUUAUAGUGUGGUUUUCGUGUAACUUUCUUCAUUUCUUUAGUGUAACCUUGUUUCCUCAACCCUCAAAAUGGCGAUGUCGGAUUCUAAAGCACCACUUAGGUCAGUCAAACGAGUGCAGUUUGGCAUCAUAUCUCCAGAUGAAAUCCGGAGGAUGUCAGUUACUGAGGGAGGAAUUCGCUUUCCUGAAACUAUGGAAGGAGGGCGACCAAAAUUGGGAGGUUUGAUGGAUCCAAGACAGGGUGUCAUUGACAGAAUGUCAAGAUGCCAAACAUGUGCAGGUAACAUGUCCGAGUGUCCUGGACAUUUUGGCCACAUCGACCUUGCCAAACCUGUGUUCCAUGUUGGUUUUAUUACGAAAACCAUUAAAAUUCUCCGGUGUGUUUGUUUUUACUGUUCCAAGCUACUGGUCAGUCCGAGUCAUCCAAAAAUAAAAGAAAUUGUGAUGAAAACAAAAGGACAGCCAAGGAAGAGGUUAACUUUUGUGUACGACCUCUGCAAGGGCAAGAAUAUAUGUGAAGGAGGUGAUGAAAUGGACCUCAAUAAGGAAAAUGUUGAUGACCCCAAUAACCAGCAGCCCCGUAAACAAGGCCAUGGUGGUUGUGGACGAUAUCAACCCAACCUACGGCGCACAGGUUUAGACGUGACUGCGGAAUGGAAACACGCUAAUGAAGAUUCACAGGAGAAGAAAAUCGCUUUGAGUGCCGAGAGGGUUUGGGAGAUUCUGAAGCACAUCAUAGAUGAGGAGUGUUUUAUCCUCGGAAUGGACCCCAAGUUUGCACGUCCCGACUGGAUGAUUGUGACAGUAUUGCCAGUACCUCCUCUCUCCGUCAGACCUGCCGUAGUCAUGUACGGCUCAGCCAGGAAUCAGGAUGAUUUGACUCACAAGCUGUCAGACAUUAUCAAAUGUAACAACGAACUGACAAGGAAUGAACAAGCUGGAGCUGCAACCCAUGUCAUUGCAGAAAACAUCAAGAUGUUACAGUUCCAUGUAGCAACUCUGGUAGACAAUGACAUGCCUGGAUUGCCAAGAGCUAUGCAGAAAUCUGGAAAACCACUGAAGGCGAUAAAGGCACGACUGAAGGGUAAGGAAGGGAGGAUAAGAGGUAAUUUGAUGGGUAAACGAGUGGACUUCUCAGCGAGGACUGUCAUCACACCAGAUCCUAACCUGAGAAUAGAUCAAGUCGGUGUGCCAAGGUCCAUUGCACAGAACAUGACUUUCCCGGAAAUUGUGACACCUUUUAAUAUAGACAAGAUGUUGGAGUUGGUGCGCAGAGGAAACUCACAAUAUCCCGGGGCCAAAUACAUCGUGCGAGACAAUGGAGAGAGAAUAGAUCUAAGGUUCCACCCAAAGCCUUCGGAUCUCCAUCUGCAGUGCGGGUACAAAGUAGAACGCCAUGUGAGGGACGGCGACCUGGUCAUCUUCAACCGUCAGCCAACACUUCACAAAAUGUCCAUGAUGGGUCACCGAGUCAAGGUGCUACCAUGGUCUACGUUCAGGAUGAACCUCAGUUGCACAUCCCCGUACAACGCUGACUUUGAUGGGGAUGAGAUGAACCUGCAUGUGCCCCAGAGCAUGGAGACCAGGGCAGAGGUGGAAAACAUACAUGUGACACCGCGACAGAUCAUCACACCUCAGGCGAACAAGCCUGUCAUGGGUAUUGUACAGGACACUCUCACUGCGGUCAGAAAGAUGACAAAACGUGACGUAUUCUUGGAGAAGGAACAAAUGAUGAAUAUUCUAAUGCAUCUUCCAAUUUGGGAUGGAAAGAUGCCUCAGCCGUGCAUUCUCAAGCCUAAACCCCUAUGGACAGGCAAACAAGUAUUUUCUCUGAUCAUUCCCGGCAAUGUCAACAUGAUUCGUACUCACGCCACUCAUCCUGAUGAUGAAGACAAUGGUCCCUACAAAUGGAUAUCUCCUGGAGACACCAAGGUUAUGGUAGAGCAUGGAGAACUGGUCAUGGGAAUCCUAUGUAAGAAGACCCUGGGAACAUCAGCUGGUUCUCUGCUGCAUAUUUGUUUCCUCGAACUCGGUCACGAAGUGUGUGGCCGUUUCUACGGGAACAUUCAGACUGUUGUCAACAAUUGGCUGCUCUUGGAAGGUCACUCAAUCGGUAUUGGAGACACCAUUGCUGAUCCUCAGACAUAUGCAGAGAUCCAGAAAGCCAUCAAGAAAGCCAAAGAGGAUGUAAUAGAGGUUAUCCAAAAAGCUCACAACAUGGACCUUGAGCCCACACCUGGUAACACACUUAGGCAGACUUUCGAGAACCAGGUAAACAGAAUCCUGAACGAUGCUCGAGACAAAACAGGAGGAUCUGCCAAGAAAUCUCUGACUGAAUACAACAAUCUCAAAGCUAUGGUGGUCUCAGGCUCUAAAGGCUCCAACAUUAACAUUUCUCAGGUUAUUGCUUGUGUGGGGCAACAAAACGUUGAGGGUAAACGAAUUCCCUUUGGUUUCCGAAAGCGUACACUACCUCAUUUCAUUAAGGAUGAUUACGGUCCCGAGUCUAGAGGCUUUGUAGAGAACUCGUACCUUGCCGGCCUGACACCUUCUGAGUUCUUCUUCCACGCUAUGGGAGGUCGUGAGGGUCUCAUUGAUACCGCUGUCAAAACUGCAGAAACUGGUUAUAUCCAGCGGCGGCUGAUCAAGGCUAUGGAGUCGGUAAUGGUGCACUACGAUGGAACCGUCAGAAAUUCAGUGGGCCAAUUGAUUCAGUUACGUUACGGAGAGGAUGGUCUGUGCGGAGAAACUGUAGAGUUCCAGAAAAUCGCAUCUGUUGAUCUCUCGAACGCAAAGUUUGAGAAUAUGUUCAAAUUCGAUGCAUCUAAUGAAAGGUAUUUGAGGAAGAUUUUCACGGAAGACAUCCUGCGAGAUUUGCUGGGAUCUGGAGAAGUGAUCUCGGAACUGGAGAAGGAGUGGGAGCAGCUAUCCCGGGAUCGGGAAGCUUUGCGACAGAUCUUCCCAAGUGGAGAAUCUAAGGUGGUACUGCCUUGCAACCUCAAAAGGAUGAUAUGGAAUGUCCAGAAGAUCUUCCACAUAAACAAACGAGCACCCACUGACCUCAGUCCUUUACGAGUCAUUCAGGGAGUGAAGGACCUGCUCCAGAAGUGUGUGAUUGUAGCGGGAGAGGAUCAGCUAAGUAAGCAAGCCAAUGAGAACGCCACACUGCUGUUCCAGUGCUUGGUGCGCUCCACACUUUGUACAAAACUCGUCUCCGAGAAGUUCCGUCUCUCCACAGAAGCUUUUGAGUGGUUGACGGGAGAAAUCGAGAACAGAUUCCAGCAAGCUCAGUGCCAGCCUGGAGAGAUGGUGGGGGCUCUGGCAGCCCAGAGUCUGGGAGAACCUGCCACACAGAUGACACUCAACACUUUCCAUUUUGCUGGUGUGUCCUCAAAGAACGUAACCCUGGGUGUGCCUCGACUUAAGGAAAUCAUCAACAUCAGUAAGAAACCCAAGGCUCCCUCCCUCACCGUGUUCCUGACAGGGGCUGCUGCUCGGGACGCUGAGAAAGCUAAGAAUGUUCUCUGUCGACUGGAACACACAACAUUGAGAAAGGUGACAGCAAAUACAGCCAUCUACUACGAUCCAGACCCUCAGAACACUGUCAUUCCGGAAGAUCAGGAGUUUGUGAAUGUUUACUAUGAAAUGCCCGACUUUGAUCCUACUCGAAUAUCUCCUUGGCUGCUUCGUAUUGAGCUGGACCGUAAGAGAAUGACAGACAAAAAACUGACCAUGGAACAGAUAUCUGAGAAAAUUAAUGCAGGAUUUGGUGAUGAUCUGAACUGUAUUUUCAAUGAUGAUAAUGCUGAAAAACUGGUCCUGCGUAUUCGUAUCAUGAACAGUGACGAUAACAAGAUGGCGGAUGAAGAGGAGACUGUCGACAAAAUGGAAGAUGACAUGUUCUUGCGGUGUAUUGAAGCCAACAUGUUAUCAGAUAUGACACUGCAGGGUAUUGAGGCGAUCAGCAAGGUGUACAUGCAUCUGCCUCAGACAGACUCCAAAAAACGAAUCAUUGUGACAGAGACAGGAGAGUUUAAGGCCAUUGCUGACUGGCUGCUGGAAACUGACGGCACAAGUCUCAUGAAGGUGCUGAGUGAGCGAGAUGUUGACCCAGUCCGCACGUUCUCCAACGACAUCUGUGAAAUAUUUGCUGUGCUGGGUAUCGAGGCCGUCCGAAAGUCUGUAGAGAAGGAAAUGAAUACUGUGCUGCAGUUCUACGGUCUGUACGUAAACUACCGACACUUGGCCUUGCUUUGUGACGUGAUGACAGCAAAGGGUCAUCUCAUGGCCAUCACUCGACACGGUAUCAACAGGCAAGACACUGGAGCACUCAUGAGAUGUUCAUUUGAGGAAACUGUGGAUGUGUUGAUGGAUGCUGCAUCUCACGCAGAGGUGGACCCUAUGAGAGGAGUAUCAGAGAACAUCAUCAUGGGCCAACUACCCAGGAUGGGCACAGGAUGUUUUGACCUGCUGCUAGAUGCAGAGAAGUGCAAGGCAGGUAUUGAGAUCCCCAUGAAUAUGGGUAUGGGUAUGAUGGGAGGUGCCGGAAUGUUCUUCGGCAGUGCUGCCACCCCAAGCAUGAGCCCUCAGAUGACACCAUGGAACCAGGGAGCCACACCCUCUUACCCUGGCAGCAGCAGCUCCUGGUCUCCCAUUGGUAGUGGAAUGACACCAGGAGGCCCCAACUUCUCUCCCUCAGGCUCAAGUGACGCUAGUGGUCUGUCUCCUGGAUAUAGCCCUGGAUGGAGCCCUCAACCUGGCAGUCCUGGGUCACCUGGUCCCAGCAUGUCCCCAUACUUGGUUUCUCCGUCCGGUGCCGCCUCCCCUUCGUACUCACCUAACAUUUAUGCACCUGCAUCACCCAGUCUCACUCCUAAUUCUCCUAACUACUCCCCCACCUCCCCAUCGUAUUCUCCCACGUCACCGAAUUACUCCCCAACUUCUCCGUCCUACUCACCUACAUCUCCUUCCUAUUCACCCACAUCACCUUCAUACUCUCCGACUUCACCUUCUUACUCCCCAACAUCCCCCUCUUACUCACCAACAUCACCGUCAUACUCUCCUACAUCUCCUUCUUACUCUCCUACUUCUCCAUCUUACUCUCCCACUUCUCCUUCUUACUCUCCAACUUCUCCCUCCUACAGCCCGACUUCACCAUCAUACUCUCCUACCAGCCCGUCAUAUUCACCAACCUCACCCUCUUACUCCCCAACAUCACCCUCUUAUUCUCCAAGUUCUCCAAACUACACUCCAGCUUCACCAUCUUAUUCUCCAACCUCCCCAUCAUACUCUCCCUCUUCCCCGCAGUACUCACCUGCCAGUCCUUCUUACUCUCCUUCUUCUCCCAAAUAUUCUCCUACGUCACCCUCGUAUUCUCCCACCUCUCCCAGUUAUGCUGCUUCUAGUCCUCAGUACACUCCUGCUUCCCCGCAGUACUCUCCAACAUCACCCACUUACUCCCCUACAUCCCCAUCAUAUUCUCCCACUUCUCCCUCUUAUUCACCCAGCUCCCCCAAGCACACUCCAGGAGGGUCUUCGACCUACUCCCCAACUACACCCAAGUACUCUCCCACCUCCCCUACUUACUCUCCUACUAGUGCUCAGUACUCCCCCACAAGCUCCAAGUAUUCCCCGACCAGUCCCACCUACACACCCACUUCCCCAACCUACAGCCCUACUUCCCCCACUUACUCUCCUGCUGUUCCAGGAUAUUCUCCCACUUCUCCGAUUUAUUCUCCAACAUCACCCCAUUAUGAGCCCCAGGAUGACUGAGUUGGUGAUGUGAAGUGAGCUUUGAUCAAUAGAAGAAUUGAAAGUUAUGUUAUCCUGUUGUAUAAAACUACUUCAUUCUGUUACUGUUUUAAACUUUGUGCCGUACAUAUUCAGUGCACAGCCAUGGAUGUGUAAUUAGUAUUUUGGAAAUGUUAAUCUUAUUUAUUUACAUAUUUACUUAGUCAUAAAUUUACGUAAGUACUUUUGUUAGGUUGUUGUAUAUAUUUUUAUAAGGGUCAUGUAGAGUUAGUCAUUUAUAAAAAUAAAACCAGUGUCUAUUUUAUACUUCUUGUGUAAAAUAAUCUAGUGUUUUUACAAAAAAAUGCAUUUUUAUUUUUAGAUUACAAGUAUUUUAUUUACAAAUUACAAAUUAUGUGUUACCAUAUGUACAUAUGUUCAAAUUUUAAUAAUUGUGUCAUUCAUAGUUCAUUUAAUUUGCUUUGUGCACAUAUUUAAAUUAAAAGUUCUUUUGAAAAUUGGAUGUAAAUUGAUGAAGUCAUUUAUUACAAUUAUAAUUUUACUGUUAAUAAAAUAAGUUUUAAUCAUCUGAGAGAUAAAAUUUGAUAUUCUUGUUACUUGUUUUAUUUCUACAUACUUGUAAAUAAAGCAUGUUGUUGAAAAGGAAA